AACUCUUUUAUUCUCCCGCUCUUCUACACAGUUCUUCGCACUCAAAUCUCCUUCUUCGAACUCGCAAACUUUCAGUCUCUGUAAGUUUGUCAUGUUAACGAAAAUGGCUGAUGAAAAUUUAGAGCAACCUGAGAUGGGUAACUUGCAUGACACGGAAAACGUGGAUAAUAUGGACGAUGCUCAAGACAACAAUAAUUUGAAUGGCACAGAUAAUGGGCACGGCUCUGAUCAUUUACACGAUGCUGAUCACGUGCACGACGCAGAUCAAGUGCACGACACAGUUCACGUGCACGACACAGAUCAUGUGCACGCCACAGAUAACGUGAACGACACAGAUCAUGUGCAAGACGCUGGUAAUGUCCAUGGUACAGAGGACGUGCAUAACAUGGAUAAUAUUCAUGAUUCAGAUGCUAUUCAUGGUGUGGAUAAUGCACCUGAGGAGACUCAUCCUUCUGAAGAGGUACAAGUUGCUCGAAUUGAUUCAGGAGCCAGCGAAGAAAAACGAUGGCCUGGCUGGCCAGGAGAAAAUGUUUUCAGGAUGUUAGUUCCUGCUCAGAAGGUUGGUGGUAUCAUUGGCCGCAGAGGAGAGUAUAUUAAAAAGACCUGUGAGGAGACAAAAGCUCGCAUUAAGGUUCUUGAUGGUCCUCCUGGGACCACUGAAAGAGCUGUGAUGAUAUCUGCCAAAGAAGAGCCAAGCCUAUCAAUUCCGCCUGCUAUGGAUGGUCUUUUGAAGGUUCACAAGCGGAUUGUUGAUGUAGACGCUGAUUCAGCUAGUGCUCCACCAGGCGCUGGUAGGCCAGUCACUACAAGACUACUUGUGGCAGCCUCACAGGCUGGAAGCUUGAUUGGGAAGCAGGGUUCCACUAUUAAGUCUAUUCAAGAUACAUCUCAUUGCACUAUUCGAGUAAUUGGAGAAGAGCACCUUCCAGCUUUUGCCCUUCCUGAUGAUAGUGUUGUUGAGAUACAAGGAGAGCCCGCCGGGGUGCAUAAAGCAGUUGAAAUGAUUGCUUCACAUCUCAGGAAAUUUUUAGUUGAUCGUAGUGUCAUUGGGGUAUUUGAGAUGCAAAUGCAAAUGCCAAAUGCUCGUCCAAACCAGAACAUGCCUCCAUCUGGACCUUCUCAGUCAUGGGCCCCUCCACCAUCUGGUUUUCCUGCAAAUGCUCGGGGUGGACCUGGUUUUGGGCCCAACCCUCAGUAUAUGCCGCCUCCACGGCAAUUUGAUAGUUAUUACCCACCGGUAGACAUGCCUCCUUUUGAAAAGCAGCCUCGUCAGGCCCCGCCUCUUUAUGGUAGAGAUGUUUCAAUGGGAACUCAUGGUACAAAUGUGCAAACACAACAAUCCAUGGUUACAAAGGUCACACAAAACAUGCAAAUUCCUUUGUCCUAUGCCGAUGCUGUCAUUGGGACCUCUGGUUCAAAUAUUAGCUAUAUUCGUCGGACCAGUGGUGCAUCUAUUGCAAUCCAGGAAACAAGGGGUGUUCCGGGUGAGAUGACUGUUGAGAUAACGGGAUCUGCAUCACAGGUGCAAACAGCGCAGCAAUUAGUUCAGAAUUCUAUUGCUGAUGCUGCCAGCUCAAUGCAGAACACUGCCGCUGGACCACCUUCCCAAGGUUAUAAUCCAUAUUCUCAAGGUCCUGUAUACAAUUCUUCAUCUAGUAGCACUGGCCAUACACCUGGCGCGGAUUAUGGUUCCAUUUAUGGAUCCAGCUAUGGUUAUUGAUGGAUAUCUUACUUAGACCAGUCAUGCUGACACAAUCAUGAGAUCUGAAGACAUCUGCAGUGGGAAAGUUUUGUUGUUAGUUAGGAGGUGUAUCAUGAUUAGUCGUAGUGGAGGAUUGGAUGCAUUAGGUGUUGAGGUGGAAUUACUGGUUUAGCAUUAGUCAUUUACAUUCGAUUUUGAAAUGUUUAAUUACUGGUAUAUUGCACUCAGUACAGGGUUACAUUUUACUCGGUUUGACAGACGCUAUGUGAUCAAUAUAACUAAAACAAAUUCACAUUUUUAUGGGCAUGGUGCUCAUAGGUGUGUUAUUAAUUAGCUAGAUGGCAUUAUCUAGUCUUUUGUAGCUA